UCUGUGGGAACGUAGGUAACAAUUUUGCAAAUUGGCAUUUUGAACGUAUUUUGAUGUAAUUUUGAUUUCCCUUCCCGCCGGCUCUUGACGGUUGCCUUUGGCACGUGCAUUUCUUUUUCCUUAGUAUUCCUGAAAUAUCAUAAGUUAUUUCUGUUUAAAGUUUAACACUGAUGCUGACUGUUGAUAUUAAUAUAUUCGAUUGUUAGCAGUGUUAAACAAUGUCACCUUCUCCGAUCCGAUGCCGUGGGCCGUGGAAAAUACAUAAACGUUUAUCCGAGCCAGAUCGCUGGCUGGAUGAGAUGGGUUUUUUUCGAAAACAUACGGCUCGAGAUUCGACAUGUCUCUUUAGAGCUGUAUCUGAAAACAUUUAUAACACGCAGCGCUAUUUUCACAAAGUUCGCCUCGACUGCGUUCAGUUCAUGGCUUCAAAGCGACAUCUUUUCGAAGGGUCGUUAAGUUGUCCAUUCGAAAACUAUCUUAAAGAGAUGUCUAAUCCGUCAGAAUUCGGUGGGCUGAUUGAAAUAUCGGCUAUGAGCCACUGUUAUAGACGUGACUUUGUGAUUUUUGAAGCUAACAAGGGUCCACAAACUAAAAUUUGUAACGGUUAUGGAGAUACAAUUUACCUGUUUUACUCUCCCGAUACUAAGCACUUUGAUGCAGUUUAUACCAAAGAAUUCAUAAAUGCUUCAUCAUUUUGUCAGUCAUUGGUAUAUGAAAUACUUUAUGACGGUGUUUACCAACUGAAGGAUUUGCCUUAUGCUGUCGAUAAAAUGUUACACGAUAAGAUACCAAUAAACCACAUUGAGUACUUUAUGUCUGAAAAUGUGGAACGUCGUAAGAAACAGAAAGAAAGAGCUAAGAUUUUCAUCGAAGCUCCCAGUGAAGAUGACAAAGACAAAAAUAAUAAUGCUGUUGCAUUGAAAUGCAAGCAUCACACUGAAGACAUGGAAAGAGCCAGUCUUUUGAAGGAAUCGUUGAGUAUAUUUGUCUUUAACCGCAGUCUCAUACAACUCGAGAAUGUCUGCAUGAACUGUCUGAAUGUCAACAGUGCUAAGGAUUUACUUGAAAAUAGCAUAACACCAUUUCCAUACAAGGUUGCAAAGGCCCUGGAUCCCGAUAUUUACCGUAAUAUCGAAUUCGACGUCUGGAGUGAGCUUCGAAGAGAGCUGCGUUACGGUGCCAGGUACUGCGAUGGAACGACACUGCAAGUCGGUGUUAAAUGUCUUUGUAAACUGCAGCCUGAUCAGACCAUAGCUUAUCACUGUCACAUCCAGGAGAUGCGACCCGACGGUGGCCCAUGUCUGGUUUUUAUUGAGGAAUUGGGGGAGAAACGACUAGUAAAUUAUGAUCAGUUGGAACCGUUGCCGGUCGAUGAGAUCAAACCCUGGGCACCUCCGUAUCGAUACUCUCGUGCCAAUUCACAAAUGGUUAAUAUAAGCCAAAUGUUGCAGCAAAUAGGCAACAUAUCUCGCAAGCAAGGGUUAACCAAGACACGAAACAAAACCAAAGUAGACGAUCAGAAGACCGAGAGUGUACCCCAGUCCCCACAGCUGGAGGACAAAUGCCAACUGUACCCGCAACAGACGUACACUUAUCCACAGCUGGACUACUUAAACUUUCAACCGAUGCCUGUUGAAGUGAAAGCCUUGCCCCUGAUGGUGGACUGUCGGCCGGCGGGCGCUCCGCCCCACGAGCUCGCGCACGCGACGGACGCGCUGCACACACAGCAGGCCGCCGGCGGAGACAUGGCGCCGCCCGCCUCCACGCCCGCCGCCAAUGCGGCGCCGUUCGCGCCCAACUACGUGAACAAUGGGCUGGCGGGCUACUGCGCGCCGUACUGCGGCGUGAAGUCGCUGGUGUGGUGCGGGCCGCACGCGCCGCCGCCGCCGCCGCCGCCCGUCAACCCGCACGUGCACAAGAGCGUGCAGCCCAGCGGCGCCGACCUGCCCAUGAACGACAUCGCGACUCUGCGGUUCUACUUUAAUCUAGGCGUGGAGUGCAUGUGGGCAGCCUACGGGCCUCCGCCCCCCGCGCCUCCGCCCCGCCACUACUCGCCGCGGGAUCUCGCCCAGGACAUGCAGCAGGUGUCACUGCAGGAGCGCGAGGGCCACAAGCACAAGGCGGACAAGCCGCAACUCGCGCCGCCCAAGCCGGCACAGCGGCCGCUGCUCGGGCCCCGAUUUAAACGCGGCGGCAACAACCAGGACGGCAACCAGAAUAACGGCCACAACCAGAACAAGGGUCAUAACAACAACAUGCCUAAUAAGGGACCUAACAACCGCCGCAACUCCCAUCCGGAGGCGCGCUACCCGGAGGAGUGCGUGGAGGCGCCGCUCGUGCCGUUCCCCUACAUCCCCUACCCGCCGCCGCUCUACCCCGUGCCCUACUACCCCGUCGAUUCCGACCCCGCGAUGAUGGGAAUGAUGGGCGGCAUGGGUUAUGUGGGCUACGACGAGGGGGUAGAGUACGCGCCCGUGCAGCACUUCUACCCGCCGCCCUACCCGCACCCCCACCCGCACUCGCACCCGCACCACCACCCCGAGCACAAAUAGGCGCGCCACCGCUCACCACCACCACGCCACGGAUACCGAAAAAUUCAUUGCUACACUCGUCAGUAAACACUAAAAUUGAUUCAUUAUGUGUCAAGAUUCGGCCAUUAAUCCGUUAAAUACAAGAAAAUAGCAUUGAUAUAGUCUAUUCUUAAAAAAUAUGUAGAACAUUUUAUAAAUGGUCAAAAGUACUAAAACAUGCACGGUGGUAUGGGUCAAGUUCAAACAUUAUAUAUAUCUCAGUGAAAAUAACUUUUAUUUUAGUUGUUUUUAAAAAAAUAUAUAAAGCAGGUAUAAAAAAAUGCGAUUUAAAAGUUUCAUUGAACUUAUGUAUCUGUACCUAAAGGAAAUGAUAAGCCUCUAAUACAUAUCCUAUGUCUUAUUUUAUAUUUUCUUAACAUUGACUUGAAUCAUUUUAAAAAUAUCAGAAAUAAUAAAAAUCUAAAUUUUCUAAAAAUUUUGUCAAAUGACUUUCAACACCAUUUUUUAUUCUUUUAAGUACAGAUAUUUAGCAGUUUUACAUAAUGAGUAUCAAAGUUACAUAAUUAGUAAAUAACCGUGUUAAACUAGCAUCAAAUACAAGAGACUUCAUUUUUUAAUCUCAAAUGAAAAUUUAAGACUGAUUUAUAUAUGUAUUAAUGGGACCCAUAUUUUUUAUUGUAACUACAUGUAACCCUUAAUAUAAAAUUUACAAUAUUAUUCAUGGAAUAAUCCACAACGACUUUUGCUCAUCGAAAACGGUAUACGAUUAAUAUAUGGCACUGUCUAGACGUAAAGGAAUCCGUUUUGUAUCGGGUGAAAUACUGCGUUUAAUUCAAAGUGAAAAUAGCAUUCGGGUCUCACUAAGUCUUUGUCAAUAUAUAAAAAUAUGUAAUAGAUUAAAAGAAAAAUUAUUUAUAAAUAAAUGUACUAUUUAAAUAUUCUUAUUAUAUAUCAGUAAGGGAACGGAACGGAACAGAUUUAGAUGCAGUAUUUCACGUACAAAAUUAUUUGUACAGUGACAAUAGAUAGACUGUUGUCUUGUGAAAUGUUUGUGUCGUAAUACGUACUUAAUAUGUUAUGUGUAAGGCUGUAUGUACCGACGGGCGUAUUCUAUGACUAUACUGAAACGAACAAGGCCCUUGAUGUAACUCUAUAUACAAGUAGAAUCUAAUAAUCGUCUAAAUAAAACGUAUAUCGUGUAAUAUGUACAUGUAAUCCUUAUUUCUGAAUUUAUAAACUUUUUCAAAAGAUUAUCUCUUGCUGUCCUGGUCACGAUCACGUUGAAAGUGACCGUUUGUUUACAUUAUCGUUAAGUGUUCAUCGGUGCUGCAAAAUUGAAGAGGUUGACAGGGUUAUCGAGAUAUUUUUGUAGUGGUUCGGAAUUAUAAAAUAGUGAUUAGGCGCCAUCAUUCCCUAUAAGGUGAGAGAUAGCUGGCGGUAUUGUGUAUAGGUGCGUCUAUGAGUUUAUUGUUUGCCUACAGUUUGCCCCCACUUGCAACACUCGUGGUCAACACACACACACAUAUAUAUAUAUUUACAUCUAUUCUUUACACGUGUUAAUUUAACUAAAGCUUUCAUAUUGUAUAUUAUUUUGUUUCACAUAAAAUAUUAUGUUUUUCUCUUUUUGUUUGUUAUUAGUUUUAAAAUAUUUAUCGUGAGUUGAACGACGAGUGUUGUGAUGUAUUUUAAGUUAGUUUAGUUUAACAUAAGUCAACGGUCCUCGCUGAGGUGUCCUGGAACUGACAGAUCUCGUUACUCACUAUCCCUCCUUGAAUCUCUUACUGAAAUACAACUAUAGUGUCGUACAUUGAUCUCAACGUUGUAACUGUUAUUUUUUGGUGCUCGGGUAGUUGUUUAGGAUAUACUGAAUUUUCAUAAUAGACAGUUUGUCCAAAAGUAAAUGGUACUUAUUUCAUAACCGACAUCGUCUGAGCUUAAAUUAUGCUAUCCCUUAUUGAUCAAGUUAAAACUUUAAGGCGUUUCCGUUAUGGAAAUUCAGUAAGAACUUAAAUCUAAGCGUUUAUUUAAACUAACUUACAAAAGACUAGUGUGCUAGGUUUUAUAUAUUGACCUAGUUUUUGCAUUUAUUUUUAAACUCUACUAACAAAUUGCAUUUAAAAUCUCGAUAGAUCGGUGUUUCCGGAAUUUGUUUCAAAUUUUAAGCUUUGGAUUAAAUUCGUUUGUAAAUACAAUUGUCAGGUUAAUUUUAAUGUUUGUUGGAGUAACCGAAACUAAUAGAACAUUUUUUUUUGUAAGCAGACUGAGUUUUUCUAUUAAAUUCGCUAAAACGAAGGCACCUAUACAUCAGGGAUAAAAGGACUAUUUAUAUAUAUAAGAUGUCAUUUUGUGUACAAUGACGCUUUGUAAGUUGCUUUUUUUGUAAAAUAGUUUCCAUAUUUACUACUAAAUUGCUCUCGUAUUUUAAUUAUAAAUUAGCACUAUAUUAUAAUUAUCUCAUGCAAAAUUUUCAGAUGAUAUUUUUGGGAGUGUAUUGUAACGUUUUGGCUGUGAUUCGGACGUAAUUCUGCAGCUUUUGGAACGAAGGUCGGAAGCCAUUUUUUGAGCGAAAGAUUCGACACAUUAAUACGACUCUCUGUUUUCAUGUGCAAACAAAAUUUAAAAACUCACCGAGUUAUGUGGUCUAAGUGAAAAAUUUUGAAGGUUUUAUAUCAUCGUUGCUAAAUUUGUAGUUGGUAAUGUUCUGCGGUUAUACGUUAGUAUGUAGCGAGAAAUCAAAAUGGAAUUGAGUACUAUUAAAUUAGAAAUAUAUAUGUUAUAACGUCAUUGUCAAAUUGAUUUCAUAAAAUCCAAUUUUUAUUUUUAAUGAAUAAAAACUUAUCUGAGUACAUUAGUGUGUCGAGUCUGAAAUAAACGAUGAAAAUUUAUAUUAAUAUUUCUAAAUUUACAAUAGUUUACUAUUUACAGUAUAUUUCCUAUUAUAAUUAUCUCUUAGCACGUUUUUCUUUAAACUUAUAUGUUUAAAACGUGUGUAUUGUCGAAUACUGAAUUGUAAUCCGCCCAUUGUUUUCGAUCCGUACUUUACUUCUUUUUAAAAUAUAUAACACCUAAGUGUACGUAUCGAUGUAACACUAUGUAACUAAACUUUUUAUUGUUUGUACAGUGCAUUGUUAAAAAAUAUAUUAAAAAAAAAAAACUAAAAAAAUAAGUGUAGUUUCAAUAGGUAUAUGUGUGAUGUUUCCGUGUAAAGUCAUUCGGUGUAUCAGUAUUAGGUUUAAAAUCAUUAGAGGAUAGAUUUUUAUUUUAGUCGUUAAUUAAUAUUUACCUUAAAUAGUUUAGUGUUAUUUUCUUAAGUAUACCAUCAGUUACUUUAAAAUCUCGUCGCCGAUGUCUCAGGGUAAUGUGAUUUAUUUUUCCUCGUAAUAUUAGCUAGUUUUAGUUGUCGUGCCAACUCUACGUAAGUCUAAAUUCCGGCAGUGUACACGACGUGCUGCUCACAAAUUGUUCGUCAUAUCAGUGUGUACUAUGUAUUAAUUGUGUUGUGAAUAUACAAACGGCCACAUGUUAACGGUAUGGUUGUACAGUACAGAGCUCAGAGUUAGCGUUAUGUCCGCCUUUGGAUUGUAAUUGUAUUUUUUUUCCAAAUUCCAUCGAUUAAAGUGAACUGAUUUUUUCAUA